AGUGAACGGAAGAUGAAAAAAUUUUAACCCAAUUUUUUGUCCUCGCUUGUGCUCAAUUUUUCUCGAAUUUUAACCACCGAGCUCGUUGGAUUUCAGUGGAGAAAUCAAGAGCCGUCGACUUCUCCUUCGAUUAUAUUCCAUCCACCGAUUCGAUUCCGAUCGAUUAUUUGAUCGUCUACGCUACAAGAGCACGAGGCGAGAAUCCGUUUGCGUUUAGGCAGCGAGGUUGGGCUCUUAAUCCCUCAGCCAUUCUUUUCGACGAUCCACGAUCAUGGAUUCCGCUUCCAGCCCUGAAGAUCUACCUCGCUUCGCUGAGAUCGUCGUGAUUCGCCACGGAGAGACGGCGUGGAACGCCUCCAGAAUCUUGCAGGGGCAUUUGGACCCAGAGCUUAAUGAAAUUGGAAGGAAGCAGGCAAUUGUUGUGGCUGGUCGGCUGUCUAAAGAGCCUAAAUUUGCAGCUAUAUAUUCAUCUGACUUGAAGCGAGCUGCUGAAACUGCUAACAUUAUUGCAGACAUUUGUGGGCUACCAGAGGUAGUAUUGGAUUCAUCUUUGCGGGAAAGGCAUCUAGGUGAUCUCCAGGGCUUAACUUUACGUGAUUCUGCAAAGCUAAAACCUGAGGCCUACAAGAAAUUUCUUUCAAGCAAACGAGAUGAGAUUCCUGGAGGUGGAGAAAGUCUUGAUCAACUUAAUGAGCGAUGUGUUUCCUGUAUGCAGAAAAUUGCCAUGAAACACAUAGGAGAAAGAGUCAUUAUUGUCACCCACGGUGGGGUGUUGAGAGAACUUCAUGGACAUGCUGUUUCUGCACAGAGUAAAGAUGGGAAGAUACAUAAUACAUCUGUUAAUGUGUUCCUUGUUUCUGAGUGUGGUGAUUGGACUGUCAAAACAUGGGGAGACAUUAGCCAUCUUCAAGAAGUUGGAGUCCUCACCAAUGCAUUCGGAGGUGAUAAAAAUUCCGGAUGAGUGAGUACUUCUGAACAUGAAAACCCAGACACUAGCAACAAGUCCUCACCAAUGCAAGUUCAAGGCUAGCUUCUCAUGACGUUAUUGAUUUGAGAAAUUGGACUGACAAACUGCAGUCCUUUUUUGAAAGAAAGGCUUCUCAAGUCUUGUUUCAUUUCUGCUAAACAUGGAGGAGGCGUCUUUGCUAUUGUCUACAUCUCCAUUGGUAACGUACUGGUGCAAAUGCGAUGGUGUUUAUCCACUCCAACAAUUUGAACGACGUUUAAAUUAUUCAAUCUUCUUAUUUGUCCACUAUGCAUCUAAAA